AUGGCUUCAGAAUACGAGAUCUUGCUCUUCGGCGGCGGCCCUGCCGGCUUGAGCGCAGCAGCCUCGAUUGUGCGUCAAGACCACAAGACGGUGCUGUUUGAUUCCGGAAAGUACCGCAACUCGCUGAGCAAACACAUGCACACUAUGCCUAGCUGGGACCAUCAGGAUCCCCAAGCGUUCCGUGAGAAAUCCGUCAAGGACUUCGAGCGUUACGGAUCCAUCACCGUGGAGAAGGUGGAGAUUGAGACUCUCAAGCAGCGAGAGGAUGGACUCUUCGAAGCCACAGGCGGCGGCAGGACAUGGACGGGCAAGAAGGUGAUCCUAGCCACUGGGGUUGAGGACAUCUACCCGAACAUUCCUGGUUAUGCCGAGUGCUGGGUUUCGGGCAUCUUCCACUGCCUAUACUGCCACGGAUGGGAGGAGAAGGGCAACCCUUCGGCGGGCAUGUUGGCUGAGGGUGACACUGGUGCAGUGGUUCCAGCCUUGCACUUUGCUCGCCAAGCGCUACGCAUGGUCGAUAAUGUCACACUCUACACGAACGGAAACGAGCAGCUGGCCGGUGAAUUGAAGGCCGCUCUCGAUGCGGCCCCGGCUCCCAUGACUGUGAACUCGAAAAAGAUCACCAAGCUCGUCAAAGCUCCCGAGCGGGCCCGUAUUACGCUGCACUUUGACGACGGAACAAGCAUCACGGAAGCCUUUCUGGCACACAAGCCGAAGACGAAGCUUCGCGGCGACCUGGCCCAGCAGCUUGGUUGCGCGCUAUCGCCUAUGCAGACGGUAGUCGUCAACCCCCCCUUCAAUCAGACUAGCAUCAAGGGUGUCUUUGCUGCAGGCGACUGUUCUAGCCCGAUGCAGACAAUCACCGGUGCCCUUAAUUCGGGAACAUGCACGGGAGGCGGCGCACCAUUACAGAUCCAGGCCGAGACGUACAAGCAGCGCGCUAUAUUCUAG